CCUUCGUCUUCCUCUGUACAUCCCUAUAUAAUGGUCCAAACCCAACGUGACGACGGUCGUAUCGACAACCGUAUCGAAAACUACACCAAGUUCUGGAAUAAGGACCUAAAGAAGGAGGAGUCGGCUGAUAAUGACAAGAGGCUUGACAGCUAUACUGACGUCGUGAACGGUUAUUAUGACGGUGCAACGGAGCUUUACGAGUAUGGCUGGGCCCAGUCAUUCCACUUUUCUCGUUUCUACAAGGGCGAAGCCUUCUUGGCGUCUCUCGCCCGUCACGAACACUACCUCGCCUCGCAAAUGACUCUCCGCCCAGGCAUGCGUGUCCUUGACGUAGGCUGUGGUGUUGGUGGCCCUGCCCGCGAAAUCGCGCAGUUUACGGAUUGCACCAUUGUUGGCUUGAACAACAACGAUUUUCAGAUUCAGCGUGCAAGGAAGUACACCCAGAAAGCGGGAUUGGAGAACCAGGUCACCUUUGCUAAGGGUGACUUUAUGAAGCUCUCGGAACAAUUUGGCGAAAACUCCUUCGAUGCUGUGUACGCUAUUGAGGCGACCGUUCAUGCCCCGACGUGGGAAGGCGUUUAUGGCGAAAUCUUCAAGGUCCUUAAGCCAGGAGGCGUGUUCGGCGUCUACGAGUGGGCAAUGACUGACGACUGGGAUCCUUUAAUCCCCGAGCACAAGGAGCUUGCUCACCAGAUCGAGCUGGGGAAUGGAAUCCCUGAGAUGCGUCCUCUGCGUCUUGCACGUGAGGCCCUCAAGACCGUUGGAUUCCAGAUUGAACACGAAGAGGAUCUUGCGGAUCGCCCAGACCCAAUACCCUGGUAUUAUCCUUUGGAAGGUGAUAUUCUGAAGGCGCAGACCUUCUGGGAUUAUUUCACUGUCUGGCGAAUGAGCUGGAGCGGCAAGCUCGUAACCCAUUCCGCCGUCUGGGUUAUGGAGCUCCUCCGGAUAGCGCCCCCUGGCACCAGUGCCGUUGGCGAGUCGUUAAAAGUCGCCGCUGACGCCCUUGUCGCUGGUGGCCGCACAAAACUAUUCACCCCAAUGUACCUCGUGGUCAGCCGCAAACCCAAGAAUUAAACCUAUUGGAUUAUGCGACUUUUAUUAUAUUCCCCCGUCACUCGUUUCUAUAUACCAUACAUCUCGUCCGAGGCCUCAACGUUAUUUAAAAACUAGUUGCUACAUACUGGAGACGUCUUUUGGAUUCUGCAUAAUAGAUGGCUACACAGCGAGAUGCGAAUGCUGACUAUCCCGGCAAAGUCCGCGAGU